UAUACUAGUAUCCGGAUUCCUCCGCUUUCUAGGGUAAAUAGCUUGAUUUCCCGGGAACGGAAGUUUCCUAUCCCUUUCAUUUACUCUAAUAUCUAUGGGCCUCUUCUUUCUUACAACAUCAUCUACUCUUGCGGCUCGACUUUUACUUACAAGAAAAAUAGCGCAGGAAUUUUUAUAUCAGAUUAAGCAGCAAUGGCAGAAAACACCAGUCCAGCUAUCACUAUGACUUGUGAGGUUUGUUCAGAGUAUUACACUGACCCCCUCAUGCUUCCCUGUCUUCACUCAUUCUGUAAGAAGUGUCUAAUAAAAGCUAAAGAGAAGCAAGGUAGUGCUGAUACCUCAUUAAAGUGUCCAACGUGUGACACUAGCGUUAAUUUACCUGAUGGUAAAAUUGAAGGCAUCACUCAAAACCUUUGGUUUGAACAUAAAUCAAAAGAGGCUUCAAUCAAAAAGAAGAUCAUCAACAAGGAAGCAAUAUCGUGUGAUAAAUGUAGCGUUGAUGAUUCGAGUGAUGCAGCUGUCGUGUAUUGCUGUGACUGUGGCCAGUUUCUGUGUGAUCAUUGUAAGAAAAGUCAUAAGCGAAAACCGAAGAAAGCUGAUCACAAGUUAAUUGAUUUGGGCAAGAAAGAAUCUUUUGAAUUGCCCAUUAGCCAUAAAGCUGUUUAUUGUGCUGAGCAUUCUGAUGAAAAAAAGAAAUUUUAUUGUCAAAGUUGUGAAAAACUGGUCUGUCGCGAUUGCAUUCUUCUUAACCAUCAAGGCCACCAGUACAAAGGAUAUAAUGAAGAAUGUGAAACAGCACGUAAAGCAUUAAAGGAAAGUGUUGCUAGUUGUGAUGGAGUCAUUCCUCCAGUCACUGAAGCUAUUGCUAAUGGAGAGAAGAUGCUAGAGCAGAUAGUAACACGUAAAGAAGAAGUAAGGCAGGAAAUCAAGGAAAGGUUUGAAGAGCUUAAAGCUGCUUUAGAUAAGAGAUGCAAUGAUCUACUAAUGGAGACAGAAGAAAUUGCUAGUGCUAAGAGGAAUUCUGUCGUGAAGCAGUUGGACGGGUUUCGUAAACUGGUAAAACAGGUUUCUCAUGGUCGUCAUCUUGCAUCAUCAGUGAGUAAGCGUACUGAUCCAGGUGAAGUUCUAAGUGUUAAGAAGCUAAUCACCAAUCAACUAGAGGAAUGCAUUGAAGAGUAUAAAAAGCUACCUCUAGAAAUAGAAGAAAAUGAAGUGAUUGUAACGCGUCUAGAUAUGUCUACUUUAAGUAAAGAAAUCAUUGAGUUUGGAAGUGUCUCUGAGGUAGAUAUAGAUGCAUACUCCAUUGAUAGUGGGUUAGCUAUUCCAUUGGCAACAGUAAAGAAAGAAAGGAAAUUCAAAGUGUCUCUACCAGCAGGCAUUGAUAAAGCAGCAAGCUAUUUGAAGGGUUCCUUUAUCAAAAGUGAUGGAAGUAAAGAGGAAGGUAGAGUUGUUAUAGUUAAUGAUAACAACACAGCCAUUGUAUCAUGCAUACCUCAAAGUAUUGGUGGAUAUGAACUAUCAGUGACUAUAAGAGGUCACCAUAUUAAAGGUAGUCCUUAUCAACUGUCAGUAAAAGCAUCAAGAGACUAUACCACACUAACUAACCAGAGACCCUUUAAUGUGGGGAGUGGUACUACUGGUGUUGCUGUUCAUACUAAUGGUGAAGUGUUUGCUAGUAGUGAUGAUGGGUUUGUUCAGGUAUUUAGUGAGGAUGGUACUGCAGUAAGAAGGAUUGGAUCUAAAGGUAAUGGUAAUGGACAGUUUAAAAGGCCUUGGGGUUUAUUGCUGGUAGGAGACAGGCUCUAUGUGUCUGAUGAUAAUCUUCAUCGUGUGCAGUAUUUCUCAGCUACUACUGGUCAGUAU